GAUGCUUUGACUGUAUGUUCCUGCACGGCAGUGGGUUGGACCGUAUGACCCUUGUGGUCUGCUCCAAUGAUAGGAUUCUAUGAAAAAAAUCAUUCAGCAAAUCUGAAUCACUGGUCCUUGUUUCUGCUCCCCAAAGUCUAGGCCACUUAUGCUGGUUUGCCUUUAUGUGCUUGCUAUAUAUAUUUUCUUUUUUAAAUUUUCAUGAGAAAAGAUGAUUAGGCACUCUAGACUUAGGUCACAUCUCUGUUUCUGUGGUGGCCAUAGGAAGGUAGGAAUGGGAGGAGAAUAAUGGUUCUUCAAUGGGCUCUUGGUUGUUCUGAAAAAAAAAAAGGAUAUCACUUGGAGUGGAAUUAGAAUCUGCCUUUUAGUUCCCAUGGUUUUCUAGACAGGCUUCUGAGGGUAAUGCCAAUUAAGAGGAGAAGAAAAGAUAUGCAAAGUGAGGCACAACACUAGCUCUACUUGAAUUGGUCUUAUUCUGUCCAAAACAAUGGAAACGUCAAUAGCCCUUGGGUGGCUGGGUUAGGCACUUCUGAUCCACGUUGCCUCUAGGAAUGGAAAGAAUACUUGUAAAUAUUUAGGAAAUAGUCGAAAAAUAUGUUUCUUGAAUGGCAGGGAGCCCUGUUUAGGAAAAACCUGGCCCGAGAAGAAUUUUCAUAAUCUAAGGAUGUGUCUACACUGUAGAAUUAUUGCAGUUACACCCCACUUUAACCACAAUAGCUAAGUGCUGUGGAAUACUGGGAGUUUCAACAGCACCUUUUGACAGAGUAAGCUAAAGACCCUGUAAAACUACAACUCCCAUGAUUCCUUAACAUUGAAUUAUAGUAAUUAAAGUGGUGUCAAACUACAUUUAUUCAGCAAUAUAGAUGCAGUCCUAACCCCCUGCCUGGAGUUGACCUGGAGAACUAAAACCUCUUUUCUUCCUCCAGAGGUGUCCCAUUUUUGUGUGUGUGUGUGUGUCAGAAGUGACUUGAGAAACUGCAAGUCUCUUCUGGUGUGAGUGAAUUGGCCGUCUGCAAGGACGCUGCCUGGGGAAUGCCCAGAUAUUUUUGAUGUUUUACCAUCCUUAUGGGAGGCUUCUCAUAUAUCCCUUCAUAAGGAGCUGAAGCUGACAGAGGGAGCUCAUCUGCUCUCUCCCUAGAUUCGAACCAGCAACCUUCAGGUCAGCAACCCAACCCAACCCAACCCAACCUUCAUGUCAUGCUGCCGGCACAAGGGUUCAACCCAUUGCACCACCGGGGGAAUGAGAUCUGCAAACCAACUCCUGGGGUAUAUCUACAGGAUUGCACAGCAUUAAGCCAUGACAGUUAAAGUGAUAUCAAACUGUAUUAAUUCUACUAUGUAGAUGCACACUUAGCCUGAACACAGCUAUGACUUCCAAUGGAGAACAGAUCCUAAGGAUCUGGGGAAAACUAUCAAAGGGGAGAUGCUCUUAACAUCUCCUCUCUGGUAUGAACACCUCACCUUGCCUAAUGUUAUGACCGGCCUUGCCUUGUCCACUUACUUUAAUGACUAUAUCGUUUGUUGUCUGAUGGGGGCAGUGAUGAUAACUGGUAUUAUGUUGUCAUCUUUUCUAGGAGAAUCAUAUCUCUUGUGCUUAGCCUUGUGUUGUCGUAUUUGGAAAGCCUUCAAACUUUUCACCCUGCUCUCAGCUCCAGAAUAUUUGCUUUGAUGAGAAUUGAGAACUAAUUCUCUCUAUAGUUCAGCACACACAUACAGGCACACACCUGGAGAAAAAUAAAUAAAUCUUUCCCAGGGUUGAAACAAGAGUCGGCCUUCAUAGCAGGCUUUGCAAGCUGUAUCCUUGAUGCUGAGAACAAAUAGCUCCUUAAGCCCUUGACCCAGCAUGAAAGCACAGACCUGGGACAACACCUAAUAAGUAACAUUUAUUAUCACAUUAUCAGCCUCUCUGGCACCCAGAUGGCUUGGCAAAACCCUCUCCUGUCUCCUUUAUCAGGCUUUACUAAUGUCCAGGCCUAUUUCCCUCUCUGCAGAGUCACCUAUCAAGAUAACUCAGCUGCCUCUUUCUUGCUGAGCUUGACAAAAAAGCAAGGGACACUUAAGGCAGAGAGGAAUUGGAUAAAGCCAACUGCGCUUGACUCGGUAAAGUAGCCAGCCCCACAUCAAUGAUUUUCAUCCAGGAGAGAAAAGCUGUGCUUUAGGUCAACAGAUUUAUUUUUCAAAUGAUGGAGAAUAAUUGUGCCAUGGAGCGCACUUACAAGUCCGGCAGUGAUAAACAGAUUAGUGCAUCCCCACAUCCCCACAAAAUGUGGCCAUAUUUGACCCUUGCUUUGGAAAGAGUUCUUGGGGAUCCUUUGAGGAUUGUCUGGCGGUGGGAUGGGUCAGUGGAAGCGUGCUGGGCCCAUAACCCAUGUCGUGCCCGUCAAUUGGGGUUCUGAGCUUGCAACCCCCUUUCUUCGGGAGCUUUACCCUCCGGUUAAGGAGAAUACCCAAAACAAACUAUCUUUAAUAAAGAAAUUAUUUAUCUAAAAGUAUUUACAAAUACAGCAGAAUCCUUGGAUUGUUCAGCUGCUUCCACACGAUGACUUGUAAACCAUAAAGUCCUUAUCUCCAGAUAAGACGCCACAGUCUUGUUCUUCAGACGUUGCAGCAACAAUACACCUCCGGCAACUCCAACUUGCACAAAUCAGCUCCAGCAACUCCAGCUCAGCAGUCAGUCUCUAACCUCAGGUUCCAAUCUCCAACCUCAAACCUUGAGUAACAUAAUGUACUUAGUCUCUAUUAGUAGUACUCCAACUCUAGCAGGUGGCUUGAUUGUUGCUGGCCAUACAGUGAUUGGUCAUGAUCCUUACAAUCACUUACCCAUUUUCACUUAAGAAAUGAUAUAAAACUCUGACAACAGGCAGCUGCCCAGCUGUCACAGAGGUGAGAGAAAUUCCCAGUCACCCAGCAGUAACAAAUGUGGUUUGAUGCCACUGGACAUCCACCCUUUUUGUCCCUUAUCAUCCUGCAUUUCCCAUGGUCUCUGGCCACGGCAUGGGUCCUACCUGUCAGCUGUCUCCUCUAGUGAUGUCAGAAAAGGCAACAAGAGAAGGGGAAGGGUUGAGAGGAAUAAUUGUCCUCCCUCACCCCAUUCCUUCCCCAGUUACCAUAUCACCCUUGUCUGUGUCCUGAAGGCAACAGCCAACAAGUUAGGACCCAUGUCAUGUCCAGAGACACUGCUUCAGCCUUGGCAAACCCUCUUUGAACAAAUCUUGGCAAAACAAAAAAAUUAUUGGAUCACCUUAUCAGAGAUGGCUUACAAUCGUAGAAUCGUUGAAUUGGAUUCUACAUGGGCCAUCCAGUCCAUCCUCCUACCAUGCAGGAACACACAAUCAAAUCACCUUCGACAGAUGGCCAUCCAGCCUCUGCUUAUAAACCUACAGAGAAGGAGACACCACGCUCCUAGGCAGCAUAUUCCACUGUUGAACAGCUCUUACCAUCAGGAAGAGCCAUAUAUGGGUGGAAUCUUUUUUCCUGCAAUUUGAAUGCAUUGCUCCGUGUUCUAGUCUCCAGAGCAGCAGAAAACAAGCUUGCUCCCUUCUCAAUGUGACAUCUUUUCAAAUAUUUAUACAAGGCUAUCAUGUCCCCUUUCAGCCUUCUCUUCUCCAAGUUAAACAUACCCAGCUCCCCAAGCUGUUCUUCAUAGAACUUAGUUUCCAUUAACCUUUGAUCAUUUUGGUUACCCUUCUCUCGACAUAUUGUACCUUGUCAAUAUCCUUCUUGAAUUGUGGUGCCUAAAACUGGCCACUGUGUUAUUCCACAUGAAUGAAAUAUGACCAAAAUAGAAUAAAGUGGGAUGAUGAGUUCCCUCAAUUGCAAUUCUACACUCCUAUUGAUGCAGGCUAGAAUCACAUUGGCUUUUUUAGUUGCCGCAUCAAACUGUUGACUCAUGUUCAUCAUGUGGUCCACUAAGACUCCUCAGUCUCUUUCACAUGGAUUGUUUUCAAGCCAGAAUGCUAGGUAAAAGUAAAGGUUUUCCCCUGACAUUAAGUAAAGGUUGGUACUCAUCUCCAUUUCAAAGCCGAAGAGCCCACGUUGUCCAUAGACACCUCCAAGGUCAUGUGGCCGGCAUGACUGCAUGGGGCACUGUUACCUUCCUGCCAGAGCAGUACCUAUUGAUCUAUUCACAUUUGCAUGUUUUCAAACUGCUAGGUUGGCAGAAGCUGGGGCUAACAGCAGGAGCUCACACCUCUCCCCAGAUUCGAACUGCUGACCUUUCAGUCAGCAAGUUCAGCAGCUCAGCAGUUUAACCCACUGCACCACCAGGAUGUUAUGUCUGUGUAUUUCAUUUGAAGGUGCACAUCAACAACAAUUCACAGAACUCCUCUCUCGCACCCCAUUUCCAAUAAGUUGAUUUCCUUCUGGUCAGCUUUCUGCACUGUCCAUCUUCACACCUUACAUUACUUUAGUAUUUAAUGAUAUGUCUUUAUGCUUGAGGAUCUCAGGUAGUUCUUUUGUGGUUGCCUUUCCAAGUCUUUGUUUUGGUGCAAAAGCUUAUAGCGAAAUUCUGAAGCCCGCUACAGUAUUAUGCCGGAUGGAAUAAAAGAUACGACUGGUGUGUAUGUUGAGGGGGAAGAGGCUAAUCACCCAUGAAAUUUCUCACAAGUCUUCUCUUGUUAUAAUAGCAGCAGCAGCAGAAGGAACAAUAACAACAAUAACAACAUAGUAGGCAGUCUUCUAUAUUCAAGGGAUUGGUGGGAGGCCAAGGAUGGGUGUUUUGUUUUGUUUGUUUAUUUCCAAGUAAAGAAACUUUCAAAUAAUUACUUGAAUCGUAUGUUUGCAAACAUCGUAAUCGUAUUGGCAGACACACUAAUUAAACUGAACUUAACCUAAUUAUGCUCACAAGAGAGGCUAAACAGUCAAGCAAUGGAUGCAAAUGGAGGCUCUGCAUUUUGCUUUUGACCAAAGUGAAGCAAGACUUUUGGCUUUGUAGUAAACAAAAGAAAAACCUCAAUUUUUCCAAGGUGUUACCUGCAGAUUAACCCCAAAGAGAAUCUGAAUUCUCUAUAUUGAAGAGGAAACAAACUGUUUGAAACUUAUGGAUCAACCCUUUUUCACCUAAACAGAAGAGAAUGGAUUUUUUUUUUAAUUGAAGCAACUGAUGCAAUUUCUCUCUCCCAGUAAGAACAAAGUUACACAGCCAAAGUACCUUUCCUAAUAAUGCUGUUUUCCUCUCUCCAUGAUAUCUUGGCUGUUUUGCUAAGAUGGUCAUAAUCCUCUUUUCCUCACCAUUCAGGCACCCUUAAACGAAGAUUUUUUUUGUUUUGAAAAUGGCAUUAAGAGCAAGAGGGGAGUAAAGAAUGCAAGGCAAGGAACGUUUAAGAAAAAGACACGUCUCCAGUUACUAGAGCAAGCUGUAAAAAAGUUUAUUCCAGUAAGGACAAAAAUCAUUAGAGUGAGACGCAUUUGGAUUUUGAGGUUUUUCUCUGGGAUAAUUGGGAGAAACGGAGAACCUAGAGAGAAGAGGCUACUACAAAAAAAAUCUUCUUUUAAUUGCCCUUGGGAAGAUUUUCAAAUUGAACCGAGCUCCUGGUGGCUUUUAUUCCAUGGAAUAAACUCCUGCUCAGGAGGAGAAGGAGGUUGGUGCCUCGUUUUUGUUUUUUCUUCUUCUUCCACUAUUUGAUGUUCUUUCCCCUCCUCUUUAAAACAAUCCUCCAAGAAGGGUGAGGGGAAAAAAGAGAAGGGCGGUGUUUGAAAUUAAGGUAGACCUUGUUGAAAAGAAGAAAAGAUGCGAGCAAGGCUUUCAAAUCUUUCCAGACUGAAAGAGACCUCCUGUCUCCCCAACCCUCCAGCACCUGGCCAUGCCAUUGAAGGGUGGCUUUGCUCUGGCUUAAAUGAGAAGAACUUCUCUAAUACAACAGGCUCCUGUUGAAGAGAGGGAAGGGGGAGAGAUGCUUGAUGGGGAGGGUCUGUGAAGAAAUCCCCCCUCUCCUCCCCCCUGAAAGCGUUCAGAUAGAAAAGUGUAAAUAAUGGAAAGGCUGGAGGCUGGAAGCUGAAGGGCAGCCCCGGGAGCCGGCUUUGGCAUUCCUUUCCAGCCCUUUCUUUGGGGAGGUCGGCACAACUGAACAGCUCCAAGGAGGCUUAGGAGAAAAACACAGUCAGCUGCAUUGACUUCCCAAAGAAGCGGGGAGAGGAAAGGAUUGGGAGGGGUGUGCCUGGUCACAUAAGGCUCCCCUGGCUGGCCUUGGUGGGUUUUUCCAUCCUGGCAAUAAAAAGUCCCAUCCUUCCGGGUGCGUGGCUUGUCGGAAAGGUGAUUGAUAAAACCUCUCUGCAAUGGGGAAGGAGCAGCCUGUUUCAAAUCCUCCGGCUUGGCUAGGAGUCUCUAUAGGUCCUAAGUGAGCCCCAACCCCUUGGGAAGCACUGGGAAGAGAGCAUUCUUAUCUGAUCGCCUCUUGGACACCGUUUCUUUGAUGUUAAAGGAACAGACAAGAGGGCCAUGGAUGUGAAAGAAAGAAAGCCCUACCGUUCCCUGACCAGGCGCCGUGACGCUGAGCGCCGCUACACCAGCUCCUCCGCAGAGAGCGAAGACAACAAGAUACCUCAGAAGUCCUACAGCUCCAGUGAGACUCUGAAGGCCUACGAUCAGGACUCUAGGCUGACCUAUGGCAAUCGGGUGAAGGAAAUGGUGCACCAAGAAGCAGACGAGUACUGCCGAACAGGACCCAACUUUUCUUUGCGAGAGCUGGGCCUUGAAGACGUCUCACCACCCCAUGGGACUUUAUAUCGGACGGAUUUAGGGCUGCCCCAUUGCGGCUAUUCCAUUGGUGCUGGAUCUGAUGCUGACAACGAAGCAGAUGCAGUUCUGUCACCUGAACACCCGGUUAGACUCUGGGGACGCAACACCAAAUCCGGCCGCAGCUCCUGCCUGUCCAGCCGAGCCAACUCCAACCUCACCCUCACCGAUACAGAACACGAUAACACCGAAACUGGUCCUCCCCUGCCUUGUUCAUCAGCCUCAUCCACCCCAAUUGAGCAGUCCCCCUCCCCGCCCCCUUCACCCCCUCCAGCCAAUGAGAGCCAGAGGAGGUUGCUAGGCAACGGAGUGGCCCGGCCAACUCAGGACUCUGAGUCCGAGGAGGAAGAGUUUGUCCCCAAUUCAUUCUUAGUUAAAAGUGACUCUGGGAACCUCUCUCCCCCUUCUUCUAAUGAUCAUCCGGCAAGCCUCCAGAACCACUCCAGGCUCCGAACUCCCCCGCCUCCGCUCUCCCACACUCACACCCCAAACCAGCAUCAUGCGGCCUCCAUCAACUCCCUAAAUCGAGGGAACUUCACCCCACGCAGCAACCCUAGCCCUGUGCCCACCGACCACUCCCUUUCCGGAGAGCAGCAGGCCGGGACGCAGGAGUCUACGCAUGCUCAGGACAACUGGUUACUCAACAGUAACAUCCCCCUCGAGACAAGAAACAUAGCAAAGCAGACAUUCCUAGAGACAUUGCAGGACAACCUCAUUGAGAUGGACAUUCUCACCUCCUCCCGACAUGAUGGUGCUUACAAUGAUGGGCACUUCUUGUUCAAGCCUGGCGGCACCUCUCCCCUCUUUUGUACCACGUCGCCAGGAUAUCCCUUGACGUCCAGCACUGUGUACUCGCCUCCCCCUAGGCCCCUUCCCAGAAGUACGUUUUCCCGUCCAGCCUUUAACCUGAAGAAGCCCUAUAAGUACUGUACCUGGAAAUGUGCUGCCUUGAGUGCCAUUAUCAUCUCUGUUGCGUUGGUGAUACUGCUGGCGUAUUUUAUCGCCAUGCACCUGUUUGGCCUAAACUGGCACCUGCAGCCGAUGGAAGGGCAGAUGUAUGAGAUCACGGAAGACACAGCCAGCAGUUGGCCAGUGCCAACGGACGUCUCCUUAUAUUCCUCGGGGGGCACGGGGUUAGAGUUACCUGACAGGAAAGGCAAAGGAGCCGGCGAAGCAGGAAAACCCAGUAGUUUCUUUCCAGAAGACAGUUUUAUAGACACUGGAGAGAUUGACGUUGGCAGGCGAACUACACAGAAGAUCCCUCCUGGAAUCUUUUGGAGAUCUCAGGUGUUCAUUGACCAUCCAGUGCAUCUGAAGUUCAAUGUUUCGUUAGGAAAGUCUGCUCUGGUUGGGAUCUAUGGCAGAAAAGGCCUCCCGCCUUCACAUACACAGUUUGACUUUGUGGAAUUGCUUGAUGGGAGGCGACUUCUCACUCAGGAGGCCAGGAGCCUGGAAGGUCCUCAGCGGCAACAUAAGGGCAUUGUGCCUUUGGCCAGCCAUGAGACGGGAUUUAUUCAGUAUUUGGAUUCCGGGAUGUGGCACCUGGCCUUUUACAACGACGGGAAAGAAUCUGAAGUGGUGUCCUUUCUCACCAGUGCCAUUGAAUCGGUGGAUAAUUGCCCCAGCAACUGCUAUGGGAAUGGCGACUGUAUUUCUGGGACCUGCCAUUGUUUUCUUGGUUUUCUGGGCCCAGACUGUGGCCGAGCAUCGUGCCCUGUGUUGUGUAGUGGAAAUGGGCAGUACAUGAAAGGGCGGUGUUUAUGCCACAGCGGAUGGAAAGGGGCCGAGUGUGACGUUCCGACCAACCAGUGCAUCGAUAUCUCUUGCAGUAGUCACGGCACUUGCAUCAUGGGGACCUGUAUCUGCAACCCAGGGUACAAGGGAGAGAGCUGCGAAGAAGUGGAUUGCAUGGACCCCACCUGCUCAGGGCGUGGUGUGUGUGUCCGAGGAGAGUGCCACUGCUCUGUCGGCUGGGGAGGAACAAACUGCGAGACGCCGAGAGCGACCUGCCUGGACCAGUGCUCUGGCCAUGGCACCUUUGUGCCUGAAACUGGCCUGUGCACUUGUGAUCCCAGCUGGACUGGACACGACUGUUCGAUUGAGAUUUGCGCUGCCGACUGCGGAGGGCAUGGCGUCUGUGUCGGAGGCACCUGCCGCUGCGAGGAGGGCUGGAUGGGCGCCGCUUGUGAUCAGCGGGCAUGUCAUCCUCGGUGCAAGGAGCACGGGACGUGCCGGGACGGCAAGUGUGAAUGCAGCCCUGGCUGGAACGGAGAACACUGCACCAUUGCUCACUAUCUGGAUAAGGUAGUGAAAGAGGGAUGCCCCGGCUUGUGUAACGGCAACGGCAGGUGUACGCUGGACAUGAACGGGUGGCACUGUGUCUGCCAGCUGGGAUGGAGGGGACCAGGAUGCGACACUUCCAUGGAGACAGCAUGUGGCGACGGAAAGGACAACGAUGGAGAUGGAUUAGUGGAUUGUAUGGACCCGGACUGCUGCCUCCAGCCGCUGUGCCAUACCAGCUCGCUCUGCCUGGGUUCCCCAGAUCCCUUGGACAUCAUACAGGAGACACAAGCCCCUGUGACCCAGCAGAACCUUUACUCCUUCUACGAUCGGAUCAAGUUUCUAGUUGGGAAGGACAGCACCCACGUCAUUCCUGGAGAGAAUCCAUUCACCGGAGGCCACCCUUGCGUGAUCCGUGGGCAGGUGAUGACAUCAGACGGGACUCCACUUGUCGGCGUGAACAUCAGCUUUGUCAACAACCCCCUCUAUGGCUACACCAUCAGCAGACAAGAUGGCAGUUUUGAUCUUGUCACAAACGGUGGGAUUGCCGUCAUCUUGCAUUUUGAACGGGCGCCCUUCAUCACGCAAGACCACACCUUGUGGCUGCCAUGGGAUCACUUCUUUGUCAUGGAGACCAUCGUCAUGAGGCACGAAGAGAACGAUAUUCCCAGCUGCGACCUGAGCAACUUUGCCCGGCCCAACCCAGUGGUCUCACCUUCCCCGAUGACGGCGUUCGCCAGCUCCUGCUCAGAGAGGGGCUCCAUUGUGCCAGAAAUCCAGGCCCUCCAAGAAGAGAUUAAAAUUUCCGGCAGUAAAAUCAAGUUGAGUUACCUGAGCAGUCGUACAGCCGGCUAUAGAUCAGUCUUAAGGAUCAGCCUCACCCAUCCCACCAUACCGUUCAACCUGAUGAAGGUCCACCUCAUGGUUGCUGUUGAGGGACGUCUUUUCAGGAAAUGGUUUGCUGCAGCUCCUGACCUCUCCUACUACUUUGUGUGGGACAAAACUGAUGUCUACAAUCAGAAGGUGUAUGGGUUGUCCGAAGUCUUUGUUUCAGUCGGCUAUGAAUACGAAUCGUGUCCUGACUUGAUCCUGUGGGAGAAGCGGACUGCGGUGCUUCAAGGUUAUGAAAUCGACGCAUCCAAACUCGGAGGGUGGUCUUUGGACAAGCACCACGCUCUCAACAUCCAGAGCGGCAUCCUGCAUAAAGGGAAUGGGGAAAACCAGUUCAUCUCUCAGCAACCACCGGUCAUAGGGAGCAUCAUGGGAAAUGGACGGAGGAGAAGCAUCUCCUGCCCAAGUUGCAAUGGCCUUGCGGACGGCAACAAGCUCCUGGCUCCUGUUGCCCUGACCUGUGGAUCAGAUGGAAGCAUUUAUGUCGGAGACUUCAACUACAUCCGAAGAAUCUUUCCUUCUGGAAACGUCACCAACAUACUGGAAUUAAGAAAUAAAGAUUUCAGACAUAGCCACAGCCCCGCUCACAGGUACUACCUGACAACAGACCCCAUUGCCGGCUCCAUCUACCUCUCCGACACCAGCAGCCGCCGCGUCUUCAGAAUCAAGUCAACCACCGUGGUGAAGGACGUGGUGAAGAACUCAGAGGUGGUAGCUGGGACCGGGGACCAGUGCCUUCCAUUUGAUGAUUCUCACUGUGGAGAUGGAGGAAAAGCCACUGAAGCAACACUCACAAGUCCCAGAGGCAUCACAGUGGACAAAUUUGGGUUCAUUUAUUUUGUGGACGGCACGAUGAUCCGGCGCAUAGAUCAGAAUGGGAUCAUCUCAACAGUCCUCGGUUCCAAUGACUUGACAUCCGCCAGGCCUCUGAGCUGUGACUCGGUCAUGGAUAUCUCCCAGGUCCGUCUAGAGUGGCCAACCGACCUAGCAGUCAACCCAAUGGACAAUUCCCUGUACGUCCUCGACAACAACGUCGUGUUGCAGAUCUCUGAAAACCACCAAGUACGCAUUGUUGCAGGAAGGCCAAUGCACUGCCAGGUCCCUGGUAUUGACCACUUCCUUUUGACUAAAGUAGCCAUUCAUGCCACCUUGGAAUCUGCCACAGCCCUGGCUGUGUCUCAUAGCGGUGUUCUGUACAUUGCCGAGACCGAUGAAAAGAAGAUCAACCGCAUCCGGCAGGUCACAACCAAUGGCGAAAUCUCACUGGUGGCUGGUGCUCCCAGUGGCUGCGAUUGUAAAAACGAUGCCAACUGUGAUUGUUUUUCUGGAGAUGAUGGCUAUGCAAAGGAUGCCAAGCUCAAUUCCCCGUCAUCCCUUGCGGUGUGUGCAGACGGCGAGCUGUACGUGGCUGACCUUGGGAACAUCAGGAUCCGCUUUAUCCGGAAGAACAAACCAUUCCUCAAUACUCAGAACCUAUAUGAACUGUCUUCACCCAUUGACCAGGAACUCUAUUUGUUUGACACCAGUGGCAAACACCUUUACACCCAAAGCCUUCCCACUGGAGAUUACCUUUUCAAUUUCACCUAUACGGGAGACGGUGACAUAACCCUGAUCACUGACAACAACGGAAACUUGGUCAACAUCCGCAGGGAUUCCACCGGGAUGCCGCUCUGGGUGGUGGUGCCAGAUGGCCAGGUCUACUGGUUGACCAUCGGCACGAACACUGCCCUGAAGAGUGUGACAGCACAAGGCCAUGAGGUAGCCAUGAUGACCUAUCAUGGCAAUUCUGGCCUCCUUGCUACCAAGAGCAACGAAAAUGGGUGGACUACAUUUUAUGAAUAUGACAGCUUUGGCCGUCUCACCAACAUCACUUUCCCUACUGGUCAGGUCAGCAGCUUCCGAAGUGACACCGACAGCUCAGUGCACGUCCAGGUUCAAACCUCCAGCAAAGACGAUGUCACCAUCACAACCAACCUUUCAGCAUCAGGUGCCUUCUACACCCUCCUACAAGAUCAAGUGCGAAACAGCUAUUACAUUGGUGCAGAUGGCUCCCUACGACUCAUUCUGGCGAAUGGCAUGGAGGUAGCGCUGCAGACCGAGCCUCACUUGCUGGCUGGCACAGUGAACCCCACGGUGGGGAAGAGGAACGUUACCCUCCCCAUAGACAACGGUCUCAACUUGGUUGAGUGGAGGCAGCGCAAAGAGCAAGCCAGGGGACAGAUCACAGUAUUUGGACGCAGGCUGAGGGUUCACAACAGAAACUUGCUCUCCCUUGACUUUGAUCGUGUGACGAGGACAGAGAAGAUCUAUGACGACCAUCGUAAAUUCACCCUGAGGAUCCUGUAUGAUCAGGCCGGCCGCCCCAGUCUUUGGUCUCCAAGCAGCAGACUGAAUGGCGUGAACGUCACGUAUUCCUCUGGAGGACAUAUUGCUGGGAUCCAAAGGGGAACCAUGUCAGAAAGGAUGGAGUAUGACCAGUCUGGAAGGAUCACAUCCCGGAUCUUUGCUGAUGGCAAAUCAUGGAGUUAUACAUAUUUAGAGAAGUCGAUGGUCCUGCUUCUUCACAGUCAACGGCAGUACAUUUUCGAAUUCGAUAAGAAUGACCGCUUGUCGUCGGUGACCAUGCCCAAUGUAGCCCGGCAGACUUUGGAAACCAUUCGCUCCAUUGGCUAUUAUAGGAACAUCUAUAGGCCUCCAGAGGGAAAUGCUUCAGUCGUUGAGGAUUUCAAUGAAGAACGGCAACUCCUCCAUACUUAUCAUUUGGGAACAGGGAGGCGUGUCAUCUACAAGUAUGGCAAGCUAUCGAAGUUGGCUGAAAUGCUUUAUGACACAACCAAAAUCAGCUUCACCUAUGACGAAACGGCAGGCAUGCUGAAGACCAUCAACCUGCAAAACGAAGGGUUCACUUGCACCAUCCGGUAUCGGCAGAUUGGGCCUCUCAUUGAUCGGCAGAUCUUCCGUUUCACAGAGGAAGGCAUGGUGAACGCUCGCUUUGACUACAACUACGACAACAGCUUCCGGGUGACCAGCAUGCAAGCGGUGAUCAAUGAGACCCCAUUGCCCAUUGACCUCUACCGGUACGAUGAUGUAUCAGGCAAAACCGAGCAGUUUGGCAAAUUUGGGGUCAUCUAUUACGAUAUCAAUCAGAUCAUCACUACAGCUGUCAUGACCCACACUAAACAUUUUGAUGCCUACGGUAGAAUGAAGGAAGUGCAGUAUGAGAUAUUCCGGUCUCUCAUGUACUGGAUGACUGUGCAGUAUGACAACAUGGGGCGAGUGGUGAAAAAGGAAUUGAAGGUUGGCCCCUAUGCAAACACAACAAGAUAUUCGUAUGAGUAUGACGCUGAUGGUCAGCUGCAGACUGUGUCGAUCAAUGAGAAGCCCCUAUGGCGGUACAGUUAUGACCUCAAUGGGAAUCUCCAUUUGCUGAGUCCUGGCAACAGUGCCCGCCUCACCCCGCUGAGGUACGAUCUCAGGGAUAGGAUUACAAGAUUAGGGGAUGUGCAGUAUAAAAUGGACGAGGAUGGCUUCCUGAGACAGAGGGGAAAUGACAUUUUUGAGUACAAUUCUGCUGGGUUGCUCAUCAAAGCGUACAACAAAGCCAAUGGCUGGAGUGUAAAGUAUCGUUAUGACGGACUCGGCAGGAGGGUCUCCAGCAAAACUGUCCAUGGCCAUCAUUUGCAAUUCUUUUAUGCCGAUCUCACCAACCCCACCAAAGUCACCCACCUGUACAAUCACUCCAGUUCUGAGAUAACCUCCCUCUAUUAUGACCUUCAGGGCCAUCUCUUUGCCAUGGAGCUCAGCAGCGGGGAUGAGUUUUACAUUGCUUGUGACAACAUUGGAACUCCGUUGGCCGUCUUCAGUGGGACGGGCUUGAUGAUCAAGCAGAUCCUGUACACAGCGUAUGGUGAGAUCUAUAUGGACACCAACCCAAACUUUCAGAUCAUUAUUGGCUACCAUGGAGGCCUGUAUGACCCCCUCACCAAACUCAUACACAUGGGGAAGAGGGACUACGAUGUUCUGGCCGGCAGAUGGACCAGCCCAGACCAUGGCAUUUGGAAGCGUCUAAGCAGCAACAACAUAAUGCCUUUCAAUCUUUACAUGUUCAAGAACAACAAUCCUAUUAGUAAUGCUCAGGAUAUCAAGUGCUAUAUGACAGAUGUCAACAGCUGGUUGCUAACCUUUGGGUUUCAACUGCACAACGUCAUCCCUGGCUAUCCUAAACCUGACAUGGAUGCUGUGGAGCCCUCCUAUGAACUCAUUCAAACCCAGCUAAAGACCCAAGAAUGGGACAACAGCAAGUCGAUCUUGGGAGUGCAGUGUGAAGUCCAGAAGCAGCUGAAGGCCUUUGUCACCUUGGAGCGCUUUGAGCAGAUCUACAGCUCCAGUAUCGCCGGGUGCCAUGAAGUCAAGGGGGACAACAACUUUGCUUCGGGUGGCUCCGUCAUCGGCAAAGGGGUCAAAUUCGCCAUGAAAGACGGGAGGGUGUCCACCGACAUCAUCAGCACUGCAAACGAGGAUGGGAGGAGGAUUGCUGCCAUAUUGAACAACGCUCACUACCUGGAGAACUUGCACUUCACGAUCGAGGGCAUGGACACCCACUAUUUCGUCAAGCAAGGGCCUUCGGACAGCGACUUGUCCAUCCUUGGCCUCAGCGGUGGAAGGAGAACCUUGGAAAACGGCGUCAACGUCACCGUCUCCCAAAUCAACACGGUGCUCAAUGGAAGGACUAGACGUUACACGGACAUCCAGCUCCAGUACGGAGCGCUGUGUCUGAACACCCGUUACGGGACCACUCUGGACGAGGAGAAGACCCGCGUGCUGGAACUGGCCAGGCAACGCGCCGUGGCCCAAGCGUGGGGCCGGGAGCAGCAGAGACUACGGGACGGGGAGGAGGGCACCCGCUCCUGGACAGAAGGGGAGAAGCAGCAGCUCCUGAACACGGGGCGGGUGCAGGGCUAUGAUGGCUACUUUGUGAUCUCAGUGGAGCAGUACCCCGAACUCUCAGACAACGCAAACAACAUCCAUUUUAUGAGACAGAGCGAGAUGGGCAGAAGGUGACAGAGAGGGUCGAUGCGUUGACUUCUUUGCCAAAGACAGCUACUCUUUUGUGGCCGCCUACCAGACUGUGUUGUAUCCAAUCCUUUUUUAAAACACACACACACAUACACACAACGAGAACAGAAAUGACGAGGAACAAGGUUGGGGUGGAGUGAUAAUACAGUUGCACUGUAACCCAUACCACAUCCUUUUCUUUUUUUAAAAAAAAAAAAAUCUGGCUUUCUCAUCUGUUAUCAUCCCAACCCCACAGGACCAAAAAAGUAUAUUUCACUGUUGCGUUAGUUGCAGUGAAAUCCUGUGUCUCUUUUGUCCUUCCUUCCCCUUGUGUACCGUUCAGAGAAAAUCAGGGCAUUGUCCAAAUAAAUCCAUAGGUUUCUUAAUGUGGUGAGGAAAAAGGUCUCUGUAUUAGGUUUGUUCCGAACCCUCCGUACUCGGUUUGGGAAAGGAAUAAAGGAUUUCCGAGAUGGAAACAAAAGGGAAAAGCAAGCUCACAACAUCCUGCAGUGCAUACAAACAACAACGGGGAUGAGAGGAAGAGAAGAAAAAGCUGGAGACUGUUUUAAAUCUUCUUAAUGAGAUCCUUCCAAAUAAUUACGAGCCUCUAAAGGAGAACUUGCUGGUCAUUUUCCACGGUUUCUGGGCAAUCCUGUGGCUCAGAAGUGGCCGAAGGAGGCAAAACAGCUGCAUCUUAUAGACUUGUGAGACAAGGAAUCUUUCCCGUUCCAAGAUGGAAUAAUCUUUUUUAUUUUUUUAAAGGGGUCUUUUUUAUUAUAAUAGGCUAUUUUGUUCACCGGUUCGAUUUUUGUUUUGUUUUGUUUUUAUUUUUGUGCGUAUGAGUGCGACAGAUGACGUAUCGCUGCAAAAUAUUCCCCCCUCUUUUGAACCCCCUCUUACAACUAUCUGGGGUGGGAGGUUGGGUUUGGGGGAGAUUCUCACUCGAUUAGGAUGAUUUUUCUUGCACAUGCUGUUCGGUGGGAAGCACCAAUGAUGUACAUUUGUCAAUGGUAAACCUCCUUAAAUAUAUAGUAUUUCUGUACACCAGGUCAAGUGUCUUAAACAAUCAUCUUUCGAAGAUGCAAGCACUUCUCUUUUCUUAGGAGAAAACAACAACGUUCUAGCCGUAUCCUUGUCCUUCAUGGUGAAAAGUUCCCAGUUCCUCCAAAGAAUGAUGUACAUAACAACCAAAAUAGAUGUUAAAAGUGGAAGAUACAUGGAGAAUCUUGCUGUGGCUUUAUUUUUUUGAAGAUACUGGAAAUGAGGUUUUGCAGGGCACCAAAUUUGAUUAUAGCAAAGGAGGCGACGUUCUUAACUUGUUCUUAGUGGCCUGUUUUCCAGAUCCAAAUCCCCUCUUUGUUUGUUUCUCUCAAGUUGAAAAUAUAUUGAGUUGUUUCCUCUUUUUCCUGAUAGAAAAAAAGAUAUACAUGCCCACUAUCAAACAAAGCUCUGAAAAAGGAAAACCAUGAAGAGACAUUCCACAUGUCUACAAAACCGCAUCUACUUGGGGAUUGUACUCAGCAAAAACAUUGCUUUGUUUAACCCCAGACAAUCUAUUGCAGGAAGACGCCUUGUCCAUGGGGAAAACAAGGGAUUUUUUGGAAUUUAUGUGAUCUUGCUAUUGGUAUUGCCAAAAGCCAAACUUUUAGAGCAUGGUGCUGAAUUUUUUUUUUGAAAAAACAACUGGAGGGUGAUUCACAACAUAAUGCCUAGACUUAAAAUGUAGAACAGCCAUUCAUAAGAGCUUUGUACAAAGAAAUCCCACUAGUAUAACCCAGUUCCGUGCCACAGAAACCCAAAUUCUUCUAUCAAAUAGUGUUAUGCAAAUUGGCCUACUUCUCUGUCUUUUGCACAGCAUUUUCCCCUUCUAAGGCUGUGGUUUCCAGAGAGAAACAGCUAUAUUUUGGAACAGACAGAAGAGUAGAAAGCUGUAGAAACUAAUAGCAGGUGAGCUGAAGGAACAGAGCCCAAGGAAAUAGUAACUGUGAGAACAAAGUGUAUUAGCAUUUUCAAACCACAUAUGGAAAUUCAUCUUCAUAAAUGCCCAAACUAUACGUGAAAAAAGUCAGUAUCAUAAUUUCACAUUGUUCUCCAGUCUAUGAAAUAUAUAACCAAUUAUAUGGAAUGCACACAGGGUUUUUUUUUAGCAAAUCAUUGCAUUGUUACAUCAUUGGACCAAAUCCAGCCCAUAGUCAAAUUAAAUAAAAUUCGCCCUUCUAAACAUAGGUAGCCAUGUAAACUAGGAUUAGUUCCAAAGAGUGAGGAUGAAGCAUUUGGAUAUUUGUCUCAAGCAAAGGAGGAUCAUGGGGGUCCAUUCCAAGUGCUGACUCACACAAAGGGUGGGCAGAGGAAAGAUGUGACCACACAGGGCUAUCACCCUUCAUUUUUCAUGCUCCAUCAAUAUCACGUUACCAGGUUAGUCCAUCAUGAUAACUUCUGGUGGUCCAUGGAGGCUGGAGACUUAAUUCGCAAGGUAGUCUAGAGCAAGAGUAAAGAAAGUACAGGCCACAUGUAGUCCCCCUGUCUGUUUUGUCCAAUUUUGAUUAAAAAAUUUAAAUUUAAAAUUAUACCAUAAAAAAUCAGCAGAAGACCUACAUGAUUAUGGAGGGAGGCAAUUUUUCUAUGCUUGGGAAAGUCCCGAGAUGCUUUAUUGCUUUACACACUUUUUUUCCAACCAACCAGAAGUAGAUUUCUGGAUCAUUUCCUAUUGUAAAAUAUAGUUACUGUGGGCCUAGAAGGUGUUGAGGGACAAGAAAUUGGAAUGUUUUUGCAGCGAGUUCCAUGGAGUGAAGGCCUUCAGAGCCAAUGUAGCACCAACAUCUAAUUGUUGCCAACAUCUGGUCUAGAAGGUCAGAAGUGUUGCGUGCACUGUGACUGUGCAGCUAAGGAAAGAAGAGAUGCCAUCAAUACAGUAUACCAAAGAAAAGCAGGGUAUGAGCUUGGUUUAACUGGCACCAGGAUGCCAAGGCUUUAAUUCUACUGGUAAUCCCAACUAAAGUAGGCUCAUGGAAUCCAUGACAUUUACAUCCAUGUUGACUAAACAGUCAGUGCUUGAUUCAGUGGAUCUACUCUAGUUGGAACCACCAAGUAUGGACUUAGGAUCUAAUAAACUAGGCCUUUAAGGUCUCAAAAUAAUGGCUACUUGCAAUCACUGCCCUUCCUAACCAACCAGCAUGAUUUCCAAUCAAUGGACCAUUGCUUUCGUGAGUAUAUAGAAGCAAUAGAAAAGUAGGAUGUUUUAAACCUGCUAUGAUCCUGGUUGGAAGAAAACUGCCUUGACCAAUUCCAUCUGUGGUCCUUGUCCCAGCAAGAGUCCCGAGUUUUGCCCCUCUCCUGGGCAGUUAAGCCUCUUAUUUUAAAUAUUCCCCGUAAUGAAGAUAACAGCAAAGGCUAAUACUAACACCAUGUUCCCUGGUAGAGCAAGAAAACUGGUUUAUGUUGGGUAGGAGGAAGAGAGAGACCCAUCCGUAAAGCAGUUCCUCCUUUCUCUUACAAUGUAGCUGGUGUUUGUUUGUCAAUUUGUUCAUUUCCCAUUGUGAUGGAAGCUGUCAAAGGGAGCUGCCCUACCAGGCAGGUAUUGCUUGCCUCAGAAUCCUAAACAACCCAAAGACAGCACUUGUAGGUCAUCACAAUGACAUUAUCAUCCCUGAUAAUGUGUCACGUCUCGCUGACAUGAGUUGGAGCCACCUACAUGUAGGCUGAAAUUUUCCGGCUGUUAAAUAUUCAUGCAAAGCUGUCCCAAGAAGCAAGAUAAAUGUUGCCUGGUAACUCUCAUGGACUGGAUUCCAUGUCGUUGGUUUGUCCUUGGCCAUCUCCUUUGACUUAUUUUAAAGGGGGAGAAAAAAGGUUUACAAAUUUCCUAGCAUUUUAACUGCCGACCCUCGACUUCCAUGACACCAUAAAUCACACAUGUUCAUGGAACUGAAGAUACAUCUAUCCAUGAAUUCUAAUAAGAUAUUGGCCAGUAUUUGGAGAGAAACCUUAAAUACCUCUAAGGAAGAGCAAGCUGGAAAUGAAACAGAAGAUUGGGUUAAACCUGGUAGUUCAAUGGCAUGUACACUGCCAUUUGGAAUUGCAUUAUAUUGUCAGUAUAGACCCAUAUAAUGCAGUUCAGUGCUGUUAAACCACAUUGUGAAGCCACAUUAUAUGUCAAUGUAGAUGGGACCAUAUACUGUUUCUAACUGGAUCGAUAGUUGCCAUCAUGGGAAAGUAUAAAAAAGACUUAUGUAAAGGAGAUUAAGAAAACCAUUACAUUGUAAUUCAGUACAGAAUACUUGUUAUGAUUAAAUUCUGCCAUGUUUUGACAUUUUAUGCAUUCAUGCUAUUAUAUUAUAUUGCUAUUUCAUGCUUGACAUAUAACAUGUAGUUUGCUACAGAGUGUUAUGUAACCAUUUACCUUUAUUAAAGGUGCAUAGCAGUGCAACAUUGGGUGAAUUACAUAACACAAAAUAGCAAACUACAUACUGCAUAACAAGCAUGAAGUACGGUAACAAUAUCAUAUAACAGCAUGAAUGUAUAGAACAUUAAAAUGCGGCAGAUCCUAAUCAUAGGGUCCUGACAAUACUAACUUCUCAGAAGUGCAAUCAAAUGGUAGGAUACUUUUCAUCCAUUGUUUUUCAGACUUCAGAUGGGUUCACAAUGUUCACAUAUGACCAUCUAGGGAAUAUCUGUAAGGAUUCUGGGUCCCGUUCUAUUCCAAAUGACCAUCUCCAUUCAUUUAUGGUUCUGGUCCAUUCUGUUAAGUUUCCUAACUUGAAACAGGUUCAUCCUUGCACUCAAAAACCCCAAAGCGCACACUCCCUACAGCAUGGCACAAAAAGGUUCAAUAUUAGGGAUAGGCAAGCUGUCUUUCAAUCAUGCUUUUCAAUGAGGAACCCUCAGUAAGCUUUUUCAAAGAACACCAGGGUUCCCUUGAAUGUGAUUCAAAACAAGCUUGGCUCUAACAAAACACCGUUGUGCAUAUCUACUCAGAAGUAAACCCACAGAGCUCACCAUAGAAUUUGCCUACAGAUAAAUGUAUGUGACAGUGUGUUUUAUCAGUUAACAUUUUGAAGAGAACCAAGCUGAUCUAAAGACAGGCAGGUACCUAUGUGGCAUAUAACCCCAUGUAGCAUGUCUGAUAAAGAAUGUCCUACAGCUAAAUUCAUCCAUUGAUUGUCUGUGGAGUGUUACGUAACUCUCUUAUGUUCAGGACUAAAAGGGCUUUCACUAUUCCAUUCUUUGAUUAUAUUAUACAGUCUGCCUUCCACAUUUGCUGGGGUUUGAGACACUAGGCAUCCAAAGAAAGUGGGAAAUGCUAUUUUUCUUCACCUUUGUAGGAAUGUCCAGGUCCUCCAGCAUGACUCUCUCAUCAAGCUAACUAUAGAAUUGCAUGGGUGAAUAGAUUUAAAAACAGGGUGGAAUCUCUAUAUGUGUAAGAUAAAUCUUACAUUGAGCCUCACAUGUUGUUGAGCAGUAAAAAAGUGGGAAGUCUCUGCUGGGUUUCUUUCCAAGAAUAUGAUCAUUGGAAGACUUUCAAAAUAGGGGUAAUACCAAAGCAAGACGACGGGGUGCCAUACAUACAUGUGUUGAGCUUUGGUGUAUGUGAACAGGUUAUAAUAAAUCAACAUGCCUUAGUUUCAUUAUACAGUAGAGUCCCACUUAUCCAAGCUAAACGGGCCGGCAGAACCUUGGAUAAGCGAAUAUCUUGGAUAAUAAGGAGGGAUUAAGGAAAAGCCUAUUAAACAUCAAAUUAGGUUAUGAUUUUACAAAUUGAGCACCAAAACAUGUUAUACAACAAAUCUGACAGAAAAAGUAGUUCAAUAUGCGGUAAUGUUAUGUUGUAAUUACUGUAUUUACGAAUUUAGCACCAAAAUAUCAUGAUAUAUUGAAAACAUUGACUACAAAAAUGCCUUGGAUAAUCCAGAACCUUGGAUAAGCGAGUCUUGUAUAAGUGAGACUCUACUGUACCAACUUUUCCUGAUUCUUAACAUCAGUGCUAAAGAUACAAAAGAAGAGAAGUAAUUUGAGGUGCAUCUACUGUAAAAUGAAUGCAGUCAGACACCACUCAAACUGCCACUACUCAAUGCUUUAAAACCCAGGGAUUUGUCAUUUGGUGAGACAGCAGCAACCUUUGGCUGGAUUUACACUGCCAUAUAAUGCAGUCUGAAUCUGCUUUAGAUGAUCAGUGCAGACCAUAUACUGCAGUUACUGCAUUAUAGGGCUCUACACUAAUAAUCUAAUUCAGAUUCAAACUACACUGAUCAUCUCAAUGCCAUAGCAUUGAGACAUGGCAGUUGAAGCUGUGUGCCAAUCUGCAUUAAUUCAGCAGUAGAGAUGCCUUCUUGGAAGAGGAGUUAAAUACGAAAAUGGUAAUGGGGAUCGUCAGGAGAUAGGGAAUGGGAGUGUAGUUCAGUCAUUAUGACACAGCUAAGUUUGUUGAAAUCUGGACAACGGUUAUGGCACUUCAUAACAACCUUUGUCCCUUUCUCAUGCAAUCCUUGAUGUGGGUCUAUAUGCAGAAGUGGGGCAAAACUUCCACUGUGGCCUCUCUUCUUCCCCACCAAAGAUCGAUCUAGAGAGUCAACUAAUUAUAUUGACAGAAUUGAGGAAACUAACACGAACAGUUAAACAUACAGCUCUCAUUUGUUUCAAUAGGGCUUAGACCGGAAGAAGAACCGGUCCAUUGCUCAUUGAAACUCAAAUUCUCACUAACCCUUCAUGCCAUUUCACUCCAUGGAACAAACAGAUUAUUGGAAGGCUAAUAUGUUACCAAACAGAGCAGAAAAGAGUUAUUUAUUUGGACUACCACUCCCAGAAUCCCCAGCAAACCGUUCUGGCUAGUUCGUUUUGGGAACUGUAAUCCAAAAAGGCGAUGUUUCUAAUCUGUGCUGCUAAGGUUACUGGCUUUGCAAAAGAGCCUCCUAAACCCGAGUCAACAAAACGCAGGAGGGUACAACUUUUAGACUUUCCUGUACUUUUUAAAUAAAAGUAACACUGGAUGUGUUAAAAGUUAAGACACUUGUGGAAAAUAACCAAACACAUUUUUUUUCUAUGGUAAACAAAGAGAAAUGCUUUAUAUGACAAGAAAACUUCUGAACCAUUUGAGAAGGACUUUCUCUCAAAGCCACACUUGUAAUCCCGGCACUGCAGAUUUUGUUCUCAUUACUGUGUGUAAUUUCCCGAUGUCUGGAACUAAUUUUAUUUCUUUUUAGAAAUUUUCUCCUCCCUCCUUCUCUCUCUCUCUUUCGACACUUUGUGUUUCUAACACUGUAUUCUUGACUGUGUAAAUAAGACGAGCCUGUAAAUACGUGCAGAUGUAGAUACCUUCUAGAAAACAAAAAUCAAAACGGACAAAAAAAUCUCAGAAGAGAAGUGACCAUGUGUAGCCUUCGGUGACAAAUAAAAAGAAUAUUUUGUGUUUAA